AUGCACCUUCCCGCCGCCCGAUUCCCAUUUCCCGCCGCCAGACUCCCCUUCCCGCCUCGCUAUUCCCCUUUCCGUCGCCGACUCCCCUACCCUCCCUUCUCACCCUUGUCUCCCCUACCCCUACCUGAUGUCCCUUCCGCCGCUCGACUCCAUGAUCUCACCCUUUGUCUCCCUUGUCUCCCUUGUCUCCCUUCUCUCCGUUCCCUCCCUUUCUCACCCUUCUCUCCCUUGUCUCCCUUGUCUCCCUUCUCUCCGUUCCCUCCCUUUCUCACCCUUCUCUCCCUUGUCUCCCUUCCUCGCCCUUCACUCCCUUCUCUCCCUGCCCUCCCUUCCCUCCCUUCUCUCCCUUCCCUCCCUUCUCUCCCUUCCCUCCCCGCCCUUCUCUCCCUACCCUCCCUUCUCUCCCUACCCUCCCUUCUCUCCCUUCCCCCCCUACUCUCCCUGAGCCCCCUUCUCUCCCUUUCCGCCCUUCUCUCCCUCCCCGCCCUUCUCGCCCUUCCCUCCCUUCUCUCCCUUCUGUCGCUUCCCGCCCUUCCCGCUCUUCUCACCACCUCUUUGAUUUGCCUUCCUGUCCCCCAUCCUUCCCUUCCCCCAUCCUCACCUCCCCUCCCCUUACCACCUUGUCCCAUCUCACCUCCCCUCCCCUCCCCUACCACCUUGUCACAUGCGCUCGAUGUGCUGGCGCGAGCGUCACAUGCGCUCGAUGUGCUGGCGGCGUCGCUAAGAAGGCGCGUGCCGCUUUGCUGCGCGCCUUUCGCUGGCGCGCGCUGCUCUGCUGAGCGCGCCUGA